AUAUACCCCUCACUCUCCUCCUUCUCUUCUACCAAUCUCUCUCUCUCUCUCUCUCUCUCUGUAAUCUGUAUCUGAAUCUAUAAAUAUAUAUAUAUAUAUAUACAUUAAUAUAUUGGUGUGAAAUUUUGAAGCUUUUAACAUGGAAAACAAUCAGCAAUCGUUCUAUCAAUUCAGCGAUCAACUUAGGGUUCAGACCAACAACUUGGUCAAUCUCUCUCUCAACGACUCGAUUUGGAGCAAUACCCAUGUCUCCAAAAGGCCUGAGGAGAGGCGGAACUUCGAUAUCAGAGUUGGUGGCGAACUCAAUUCGGUCAACCCAUCGAGCAAUUCGAAGCAGAUCAACGAAUCGGAUUUCAAUUCGAUUUGGAGCAAUUCGUAUGCUUCGUCGAAGAGGCCCGAGGAGGAGAGGAGGAACUUCGAUAUCAGAGUCGGUGGUGAGCUCAUUUCGCUGAACCAGUCGAGCAAUUCGAAGCAGAACAACGAGUCCGAUUUCAAUAAUUUUAAUCAGGGUUGGAAGCUUGGUGGGUCUGAUUUCAAUGGCUUCAACGAUGGUUGGAAGUUGGGUUCUUCUGGGUUGGGAUCGUCACAGGUUGGACUCAAUGGUGGGUUCAACAAAGGAAUUUACUCGAAGCCUUCGAUGAAUUACAAUUUCAAUAACAACAACAACAACAUCAACAACAAUAACAAUGUUAAUGUUGCUGUGAAUUCGAAGAAGAUUGGUAAUGGAAAGGGUGUAGAUGAUCAUCAUCAUUAUGGGUCUAAAAUUGGGAAGAAGAACAAGAAUAACAACAACAAUAACAAUAAUAACAGUAAGGAUAACAGUAACAGUGACAGCAAUAAGAACAGUGUGGAUAAGAGGUUCAAGACUCUUCCACCAUCUGAAUCUCUGCCCAGAAGUGAAACCGUUGGUGGGUAUAUCUUCGUCUGCAACAACGAUACCAUGCAAGAGAAUCUCAAAAGACAGCUCUUUGGCUUGCCGCCACGCUACCGUGAUUCAGUCCGGGCAAUAACUCCAGGCUUGCCCCUUUUCCUCUACAACUACUCCACCCACCAACUCCAUGGAGUUUUUGAGGCGGCAAGUUUUGGAGGAACAAAUAUUGAUCCAAUGGCAUGGGAGGACAAAAAGAAUCCCGGUGAAUCACGUUUCCCUGCUCAAGUAUGUGUUUUGACAAGGAAGGUAUGUGAGCCAUUAGAAGAGGACUCUUUCAGACCAAUUCUUCAUCAUUACGAUGGCCCAAAGUUCCGCCUUGAACUCAACAUUCCAGAGGCACUCUCUCUGUUGGAUGUAUUUGAAGAGACCAAUGUUUAAAGACAAUCAACAUAUUGCCAUAGAGGCAAACAGAUACACAUACAAAAGAAACAACAGUGAUGAUGAGUAGUAAAAGAGGAAUAUAAAGGAGUUUGGCUAUUAUAGUAAUAUGUUGGAGCUAGAAGGGUUUGGAUAAGGAAUAGCAGAGGGGGUCUAUGUGAUGUAUGAUAUAUGUAACUCUUUUUUGUAUGUGCUUUUGUAUGGAGGAGGCUGUUGUGUUUCCUCUUUAGUUAUUGGGCUUGGCACUAGUAUAUAAUGAAUUUGAGUAUAUAUGAAAAAAAAAAAUAACUUCUGCUAUUUA